AUGACGGUCGUUUCAAAUGGCCAGUUUUGGAUAUAUACCUUGGCGAUCCUCAUUAUUUGGAUAAUUGUUUUAUCAACCGCUUUCACAAACGAUUCAAAUAUGAAAAACAAAGUAUCUUCACCUAAUUCUAAUAACGAUGAUGAAAUGAAAAAUACCGGAAAUUGUAAGUCCUUAUGCAAACAUUGUGGUUGUUUGGGCUUUUAUUGCGGCGAAGAGUGCAUCUGUGAGUGCAACAAUGAUCAUUCGGAUACUGAGUGCAUUGGUUUAAUUCAAAUGAGUGCCAAAAAGAUGAAUAUUCCCUUUGAGGUUUUAAUACAGGGACCAACAGCAAACAAUUUUGUACGCAAUGCUUUUCAAUUUGAGCAGAAUAACGAAAGAAGAUCCUAUGGAUAUCGCAACAAGAGAUCAACCGUCACCGUAUAUAAACCAAAUAAAAAUAAACACGAAACUACCACAAAACAAAAUCUUCACAAAAUGAAAUCCAGCUGUGAGAGAAAAACAUUAGUUAAAGAUAUUUUUAAUGUGGCCAAGUCAGUGAAAGAUCGUCGAAAACGUUCCCCCGAUCAAUUUAAUUGGUUUAAUGAUUUUGGACAAAAUCUACUACGGCCUGCACCUUUGGGUGGUUAUAAACGUAAAUCUGAAGAAACAAAAAUUCCAGCGAGUUUUCCAAAAAGUUCAACAGUUUCCUCGAUAUUUGACAACUCAUGGUUUUCGCAAAAUACUCGUAAUAUUUUAACUCCAGCGCCACUGAUCAAACGGAAUAAUUAUAAACAAUCAACAGGUGAUAUUUACAAUGAAAAUGAUGUAGACUCUAGUUUGGAGGCAUUAAAAGUUGAUGAUAAAUUCAGUGACGAUUUUGCUGAUAAUCAUGAAAUGGAAACAAUUUAUAGCGAUGAAUUAAAAGAUGGUCAAAUUGAUAAUAAAGAUUCAUAUUUAUCAGAAGAAAAGAAGCCAGAAGAAUCACAAGACACUCUGACAAGCAGAUUAUUUUCCCGUUUAUUUAAAGAUGAUAAAGUUUCAUUUUUACCAGAAGAAAAGAAGCCAGAAGAAUCACAAGAUGCUCUAACAAAUAGAUUAUACUCCCGUUUAUUUAGAGAAGAUAAAGUUUCAUUUUCACCAGAAGAAAAGCCACCAGAAGAGGAAUCAAUGGAAACUCUUACAAGUGGUUUAUACUCUCGUUUAUUCAAAGAUGAUUUAAAUAAAAAUGAGGAUAACGAUUUAUUUGUAUCCGAAGAAGAAAAGAAGCUAGAUGAAUCACUUGAAUCUAUAACUGGCAGUUUGUAUUCACGUUUAUUUAAAGAGGAUUUAAGUAAAAUUGAUGAUAAAAAAGAAGAAAAAAAGCAAGAUGAAUCGCAGGAACCAGUAACUACUGGUGGUUUAUAUUCUCGAUUAUUUAAAGAUGAUUUAAGUGAAUCACCGAAAAAAGUGAAAAAAGGUUUACAUGAAUUUCGAAUCCCCUGGUUUAAACCUGGAAUGUUUUUCGAAAAAGUGAAACGUGUGAUUAGACCGUAA